GGAUUCUGAGGAUAAAACCCCGUUGGCCCCCAUUCAUUCUGGACUCGCCUACGAGCGCCCCGCGUGGUCAAAGAUUAUUACUGCAACCAGUCCAGAAAACCGGAACUAACCCGCGAGUGCCAGUUCUCCUCAUGUUGCGUGUGGCCAUGACUCACUCACUCAGACAUUCACUGUGCUGUGCCUAAACCCCAUGUCUUUUCUAUCUCAUCAGGCUGGCACUCAGGCUGACACACCUGCAGCAAAUCUGGGAUCGCUACCGCCCAAUUACCAGCCUGCUGUAUAAAGCCAGCAAAGUCAGUUGCUUGGGACACAGACCCGGCAACACCUUUGUCCCCCAGUGUGAGUUGUUAAAUAGCCUUUUCUUUCUGUAAUCUUUGAUCUAGGCCUGGGGAUGGCCGGCGGUCCUACUUUUCCGUUUAGUUCUUAGUUUAUGAUUUGGUUUUGUCAGGCAGGGAGGGGGGCCAGCCUCGACGUCCCUAUAGGGGGUGGCCUGGUCCCCCCUCCAUUUUGCUGAGUUUGUCCGGCAUCUCCAGGUCCCUUUUGGUUUGCAGACUUCUUUAUUUGGUAAAGUAUUCAUACUGCAUUUCAGCUAUGGUUUCAUUUGGUUAAUAAAACCCGUUAAAACAUCUUAUUUCAUGGUGUCCUUCCUUUAUGUUGGGGUCUCCAAUUCGAGCCACUGGGUAUCUUAUUCAGUUAUGUGGAGGCCGUAACAUAAUGGGGGCUCGUCCUAACAUUAUUAUUUUUUCUCUCUUUCACUAACUUUAAUUGAAGUUGGGUACAUUUUGUGGGUGUGCACAUUUGGAAUUUUGAAGGUUUGGAUUUAUUUUGUCCACCUUAAUUAAUUAAAUUGAUUAGUCUAUCUUUUGUUUGCAAGAUAUUUUUACUGAGCUUCUGGUUUGUCAUUUGCAUUGGUAGACCUUAAUUUGGGCACACCCCUUAUUAGGACACCAUUUUGGGUAAUGCUGUGUCGGGCAGUGUUUUUCAUUGCUGGUCUGUCUCAUCGGGCGUUGGCUUUUUGGACCUAUUUGUAUUUAUACAUUUAAGCGUUUUUGUGGUGGCUGUUUGCCUUAAACCCUGUAUUGCUUUUGCAAUUUUUGAUGCGCUUGUUUCUUUUUCGCCUUGCGAUAAUUUUUCAGUACGAAUAAGUUAGUAGCCAUAGUUCAGGAUGGAGUUUAUUUUGGAAGAGUUUGUUAAGCAACCUUCUCUUGAGGUGUUUCAUAAAUGCACUAAAGAUAAUUUGACUUCUAUUGCUGAUCAUUAUAGCAUCAUAGUCUCGAAGACAAAAGCGAAGAAAGCGUUAAAACAUGAAUUAUGGACUGCAUUGUUUGAGGAAGGCAUGUUGCCUGACCCUGGCAUGACCCUUUCGCCAACAAAACAGGCCUUCCCUGAUCAAAGCAUUAGAAGGUUGGAAUUGGAGUUAGAGCUGCGGCGACUAGAGUUGCAGGACAAAACUAGUGAGAGGGAGGCGGCAGCCAGGCUUAAAGAGCAGGAGUUCAGGUUUAAACAAAUGGAAUUGGAGGAGCAGACUAAACGAGAAAUACGCUUAAAAGAGCUAGAGCUAAACCUGGCCCCUCCCCCACGACAUGGCAGUGGUGCACAAGCUGAUUUUGACGUUAACAAGUGCAUUCGUAUGAUUCCUCCAUUUAAUGGUAAAGAUGUUGAUAAAUACUUCAUUCUGUUCGAGCGCACGGCUGACACUUUGAAAUGGCCCAAAAAUGUUUGGCCGUUACUUUUGCAAUGUGUGUUUACUGGGAAAGCCCAGGAGGCGUAUACAUCGUUGUCACCAGCUGACAGUCUUGACUAUGACAAAGUCAAGGCUGCCGUGCUUAGGGCAUUUGAAUUGGUGCCUGAAGCCUAUAGGCAAAAGUUUCGCCGGUAUAAGAAGUUGGACAAUCACACCUUUUCUGAGUUUAGUCGGGAGAAAGAGGCUCUGUUUGACCGCUGGUGUCAUGCAUCUAAAGUAACAGACUUUGAACAGUUACGUGAGCUCAUCCUGCUAGAAGAGUUUAAGAACUGUUUAUCAGAUAGGCUGGCAACCUAUAUUAAUGAGCAAAAAGCUUUGACACUGGCAGCCGCAUCUGUCCUUGCGGAUGAGUAUGUGCUCACCCACAAGGACAGUUUUGAGAGGACUCCUGUGUCAGAGCGUAGUUCUUACUCAUCAUGGCGCAAAUCUAGCUCUUCUCACUCAGACAAUGUUCCAGUAAGAACCUAUGUUCCAUUUGUUAAGCGGGAGGGUGAAGAGAAGCUUGAAAAGUCAGACAGGGUGGAGGGUGUGAAGGAGAGGCCAACUUGCAGUUAUUGUAAGAAAAUAGGUCACACCAUUAACAAAUGCUUUACUCUUAAGAACAAGUCUCAACCACCGAAAUCUGUUGUGUUAAUUAAAAGUGAGUCUUUAGUUUCAGCUUCAACAGAGCCGGUGCGCACUCCUGACCCUGAAUUCCAGCCCUUUUUAAUGAAGGGUUUUGUCUCUUUGACAGAGGGGGACUCUAAGGUACCAGUUCAUAUCAUCAGGGACACUGCGUCCAACCAAUCUGUAAUCUUGGAGCAUGUGUUGCCGUUUUCAGAUAAGUCUGCUGUUGAAUCAGAUGUGCUCGUUAGAGGGUUUGAUAUGCGAUAUGUGGGCCUGCCGCUUCAUAACAUCUAUCUUGAGUCAGAUUUGAUCAAGGGGUGCGUUAAGGUGGGGGUCUGUGCGCAACUCCCAAUCGAGGGGGUGACUCUGCUCUUGGGCAAUGAUUUGGCUGGUGGUAAAAUGCUCAUUAAUCCAGAGGUAAUUGCUGUUCCUCUGCCAGCGAACUCUGACGAAUUGGCAUUGAAAUUUCCCAAAGUGUUUUCUGUCUGUGCCGUGACGCGGGCAAUGGCCGAGCGUCAAAAAUUGGAGGCUGAGGUGGAACUGUCCGACAGUUUUCUGGUUGACUGUUCAGUUUCCCCAAACGCCUCUCCAGAGGUCCCUGCCCGUUCUGUUUUGCCUCAACUUGACGCAAAGGUUUGCAUGUCACGUGAGCAGCUAGUUGCCGAUCAAAAGCGGGACGCAUCACUAGCUCCUCUCUUUGAAUGUGUGAUUUCAGGAGAGGCGUUAGAUGAUAUGUCAACAGGGUUUUUCCUAAAAGGUAACGUGCUCAUGCGUAGGUGGACGCCUCCAAAGUUAUGUGGCGAUGAUAGUUGGGGGGUGGUGGAACAGAUCGUUAUUCCUCGAACAUAUCGGAGUGAGAUUUUGAAACUAGCACAUGAUAAUCCACUUUCUGGUCACCUAGGAAUUAAUAAGACUUUUGAUCGUGUCUUGCGGUACUUUUUCUGGCCAGGGCUAAAAGGUGACGUGCGUCACCAUUGUAAAACUUGUCAUGUUUGCCAGGUUGCUAAAACUCAAGCCAUCCCUCCAUAUCCACUUUAUCCAAUUCCUGUUAUUGGUGAGCCGUUCGAGCGUGUGCAAAUUGACUGUGUUGGGCCUUUCAAUCGCACCAAGAGUGGUAACAAGUACUUGUUAACUAUAAUGUGUACAGCGACACGCUUUCCAGAGGCCAUUCCUUUGAGUUCUAUUACAGCUCCAGCUGUUGUUAAAGCCUUGGUCAAGUUCUUCUCUGUGUUCGGCCUUCCCAAAAUUGUACAGUCCGACCAGGGAACUAAUUUUAUGUCGCGUGUUUUUGCACAAGUUAUGAAACAGCUUAACAUCACUCAUUUGUAUUCGAGCGCUUAUCACCCGGAGAGUCAGGGAGCCAUCGAGCGUUUCCAUAGGACAUUGAAGUCUAUGUUGCGCACCUACUGCCUUGAGUCUGACAGGGACUGGGACGAGGGCGUCCAUCUCCUCCUCUUUGCCGCUCGUGAGGUGGUACAGGAAUCCCUCGGCUUUAGUCCCGCCGAGCUGGUGUUUGCACACACUGUGAGGGGGCCCCUAAGACUCUUGCAGGAGAAGUGGCUGGGGGAUAGCAAACCUCAAAAUCUGCUCGACUAUGUGUCAAAGUUCCGUUUCAAACUUCACCGCGCUUGUGAAUUGGCAAAACAAAACAUGACCGUUGCACAGGGCAAAAUGAAGAGAUUGUUUGACAAGGGUGCAAGAAGCAGGAGUUUUCGUCCCGGUGAUAAAGUGCUGGUUCUAUUGCCUAUUCCUGGCUCUUCUCUGCAGGCGCGUUAUAGCGGCCCUUACCUCUUCAAAAAGAAGGUGGGUGAUCGAGACUACAUCAUCGACACCCCUGAACGUCGACGGCGUAGUAGGCUGUGCCAUGUUAAUAUGUUGAAACCCUUACUUUGACAGGGAGUCUCAGUCUGUUUCCACCCCUUCUGAUGGUCCAGAGGUCAGUGUGGCACCGGAGCUGUCCAGUGUGGGAAUUGCUGAUGGUGACAAGGUAACUCUGGCGCUGUCUAGCAAUGCCAGUGUUCCUCCCCCUGAAUCUCAGGAUGACCAAGAGGAUAUUGUAGGGCUAUCCAGUGAUGUAAUUCAUGGGCGACUGAAAAAUUCGGAAAUGCUUUCUAAUCUCCAUUGUUGUCUUCCAAAUUUGGUUCAGUCUCAGCGUGAGGAUGUGAUCGGUUUAAUUGGCUCUAAUUUAACUCUUUUUUCAGAUGUGCCGACUCGCACGCAUGUGUUGCAGCAUGACAUUGAUGUUGAUAAUUCUCCGCCAAUCAAACAACACGCCUAUCGCGUUAACCCUGAGAAAAGGCUUCGUCUCCGAAAACAGGCUGGCACUCAGGCUGACACACCUGCAGCAAAUCUGGGAUCGCUACCGCCCAAUUACCAGCCUGCUGUAUAAAGCCAGCAAAGUCAGUUGCUUGGGACACAGACCCGGCAACACCUUUGUCCCCCAGUGCGAGUUGUUAAAUAGCCUUUUCUUUCUGUAAUCUUUGAUCUAGGCCUGGGGAUGGCCGGCGGUCCUACUUUUCCGUUUAGUUCUUAGUUUAUGAUUUGGUUUUGUCAGGCAGGGAGGGGGGCCAGCCUCGACGUCCCUAUAGGGGGUGGCCUGGUCCCCCCUCCAUUUUGCUGAGUUUGUCCGGCAUCUCCAGGUCCCUUUUGGUUUGCAGACUUCUUUAUUUGGUAAAGUAUUCAUACUGCAUUUCAGCUAUGGUUUCAUUUGGUUAAUAAAACCCGUUAAAACAUCUUA